AUGAAUCCCAAACCACAAUCUCGACACUCCAGUGCGCGAGCGAAUGAAACCGCCGCACAACACACUACUGCCCAGUCGACACCUCCCGCUCGACAAGCGCAGUCAAGCUCCGAUUCCAGCGAGCAACCGUGCUGUUCCAAACAAGCACAAAUACAAUCAUUGCACACCGACAAUGAUAGCAAAAUUCUCCUUCCAACUGCCAUAGUCGCAGUUGAACACGAGGGUGAAUUGUUUCAACUUAGAGCCCUGAUUGAUCAAGGCUCACAAAGAACUUUCAUUUCCUCGAAAGUUCAAAAACGGUUGAAACUACCAUUCGAACAUUCCAAGUUCGAAAUUUCCGGCAUGGGUGGACAUGUAGUACAAAGCUCCUCAAAGCUUUGUCCACUCACAUUGGUAGCACCCAAAACCAUGCAACGGAUAAACACACAGGCUAUCGUGUUACCUCAGCUCACGAGGCACAUGCCUACAUUCACCAUUAGCCGUGAAAACUGGCAGCAAUUCAAGAUCCUUGAACUUGCUGACCCAAGCUGUCACAUACCAGCUCAAACUGACAUGGUAAUCGGCAGCGAUAUACUUCCACAAAUCCUGCUGGAAGGUAUACAAAAUAUUUGCGACACAAUACUUGCGCAAAAAACAAUAUUUGGCUGGAUUCUCAGUGGUCCAAUAACCGAAAAUGUGGUGUCAUUCUCGACACAAGUAGAAGAGUGCUCGAAUGCAACUCUCAGCUCUCAGCUUCGAAAGUUUUGGGAAGAGGAGGAGAUUCCACAACCUCCACAAAUUUCCCCUGAAGAUCAGGCUUGUGAGCAUAUAUAUGCAACAACAACGACUCGUGCCCCAAACGGUCGAUACAUUGUGCGACUUCCAUUCAAGGAAGAAUUUCCAAAAAAGCUGUCUCUGGGCCACUCUCGGUCUGCUGCACUUCAGCAGUUUUUUAGCAUGGAGCGAUCGCUUCAGAAAAAAGGAGACUUAGGCACAAUGUAUAACAAUGUGUUGCAAGAAUAUCUCGACCUCGGUCAUAUGGAGCACACGAAGCCAUGUGAGAUAGUAGCUAAUGGCAAAUACUUCUCAUUCUACUUGCCACACCAUGCGGUCGUCAAACCAGAUAAGGUAACCACCAAAGUUCGCGUGGUAUUCAACGCCUCAAAAACAUCUGGUUCAGGAAAAUCCCUGAAUGACGUGUUGCACACUGGUCCCACACUCCAGCCAGAUCUCAUGCUGCUCAUUCUGCAGUGGCGAAUGCACAGAUUCGUGUUCAAUGGCGACAUUGAAAAAAUGUAUCAUAAAAUACUCAUCCAUGAGGACGAUAAAGAUUUUCAGCGAAUCUUAUUUCGCACAUCGGCUGACUCUCCUGUCACCGAUUAUAAUCUUAAAACCGUAACGUUCGGGGUUAAUUGUGCACCAUACCUCGCUAUCCGUACCCUGCAUCAAUUAGCAGAUGAUACGAUAGCGACAUUUCCCUUGGCUGCCACAAUACUUAAAACCGAAACGUAUGUGGAUGACAUCCUAUCCGGAAGUCAUGAUAUUGACAACGCCACUGAAUCACUUUUUCAAGUGAUCAAAGCGCUUAAGUCAGCUGGUUUCAUACUCAAGAAACUAACGGCCAAUCAUCCGGCCAUUUUAGAAAAAUUUCCAAAGGGGGAUCUUCUCGACUCCAACUUUUUGAAAUUUGAGAGCGCUUCCACAACCAAAACUCUUGGUAUACAAUGGAACGCACUCACAGAUAAAUUUUCAUACACCAUUCUGCCUGCAUCGACAUCGAAUGCCGUCACAAAGCGACAAAUUUUAUCUUCUGUCGCAAAACUUUUUGACCCGGCAGGAUGGCUAUCGCCAGUGAUGAUUCAAGCAAAGAUUCUUCUUCAAGAACUUUGGCUAGAUGGCGUUGAUUGGGACGAAUGUGCCAAACCUAUAUCCUUGGCAAAAUGGCAACAGUUCGCAGAAAAUCUGCCAGCCAUCUGCCACAUCGAAAUCCCUCGAUGGGUUAAUUUCACUCCGGGGCAAGAUACCCAAAUCCACGGGUUUUGCGAUGCCUCGGAAAAAGCAUAUUGCGCUGCGAUUUACAUCCGCGCAGAUGCUAGCAACCAAAGAUAUUCCACUCUCUUGGUUGCAAAAAGCAAAGUCGCACCAUUGAAGACG